AUUUGUGAGCAUUACACGUGAACUUCAUUCAUUCAUACUUGAUGGCUGCACUCCUUGGCAAGCACAUGUUCGUCUUCGUUCCAUUUCCCACUCGACCCUGUUUCCCACAGCCGUGCUUCUUCAAGUUCGAUUCGGCCCUAUCCAUCUCUCAUCGAGCUUCUGUUUCAACCGUUCGAGCUACUUCGGCUACCUCCAUGGAAACUAGGACCGAGCUAUCGGACCCUGUUUUGAUUGAUAAGGAAGUCAACAACAUUGAGAAUAUUUUAGCUUGUUCCGUAUGUUAUGGCCCAUUGACUGCGGCAGCUGGUUCGGGACUUUCAGUGGAGUCCACAAAGGGAUAUCAAUUGGAAUGCGGCACAUGUAAAAAGUCAUUCACUGGCAGUGAAUCUCAUUUGGACUUGACGAUAUCCGCUGGAAUUAACAAUGAAGAAUCCAUGCCUGCUACCACAGAGAUUUUUCGGACUAGAUUGGUGUCUUUUCUGUAUGAGAGGGGCUGGCGUCAAAGUUUUUCAGCAAUCCUUGGAUUUCCAGGCCCAGAAAAGGAGUUCGAGUUUAUAAAAAAUUUCAUCACACCAGUCUUAGGUGGAAACAUAAUUGAUGCAAGUUGUGGAAGCGGAAUGUUUUCAAGAAUCUUUGCCAAGAGUGGGUUAUUUUCUUCUGUUGUUGCAUUGGACUACUCGGAGAACAUGUUAAAGGAGUGUUAUGCAUUCAUCAAAGAAGAGGAAAACUUCCCCAAAGAGAGCUUGGUUCUGAUUAGAGCUGAUAUUGCUCGGCUUCCAUUUGCUUCAAGUUCUAUUGAUGCAGUGCAUGCUGGUGCUGCUUUACACUGCUGGCCUUCACCAUCAGCUGCUGUGGCUGAAAUAAGUAGAAUUUUAAAACCCGGAGGAGUAUUUGUUGGGAGCACUUACAUAAUCGAUGGACCAUUUUCUUUUAUGCCAUUUUUGGGGACUCAAAUAGAGAUUGCAAAGAAGAUAAUAGGGGGCCACAUCGUUCUAUCUGAACGUGAAUUAGAAGAACUCUGCACGGCCUGCGGUAUGGUCGACUUUAGAUGUUUAAGAAAUAGGAGGUUUGUAAUGUUCUCUGCUAGAAAACGCAGCUGAACAUUUGGUUUGUGGUUUCCAGUCCUCUGGUUUUAUUAUAAAAUUUCUUUUUUGGCGUUCAGAACUUCUCAAAAGUUGAUGUUUUUUUUGAGGUAUGUUGGCUGCUGGUUGUCCUACAUCUGGUUGUAAUAUAAUUUAUCCAUAUAUUUGCUUUA